CACGUAUAGAUGGGCCCAAAUAAUAUAAUAGCCUCCACUCAGGAUAAUUAAAGACUACUUAUCUUCCUAAAAACCAAGUCCUACUUUAUUCCUUUUGACUUUUGCUUCUGCAAAAUCCGCCAUAGACAAACAAGCUCUAUCUUCUUUGUCUUCUUUAACUUCCUUAAUAUGAUUGUUUCUAUGUUAGGGAAGAGAGCGAAAAUUGCAACCCAGCUUUGAUAAUGGUACCAAAUUUCUUGGGUUAGAGGUAAUAUUAAUUCAUCUUGUAAGUUUUCCUUAGUUAGUAUUGAUAGAAUAAGCAGUUUAUACAUCCAAUUUCAUUCUUUACUUCAAUUAUAUUCCCUACUCUCCAAGAAUUUGCAUUACUUUUAGUUUAUGUAUGUAUAUCAAUUUAAGUAGUCUCUUCAUUAAUUUUACAUGUGUGUUUCUAACAAUUCUCAUAUAGUUGAUUUCAUGAAUAUUUAGAAUUAGGAGAAUUUGUUGUAAUGGAAGAUGAAACAAUAAUUUAUGAACUAGCUACUUCCAUCAGGAAAAGGAUUAAGAAUUUACCCCCUUUAUCACCCAAAUGCUGCAUAUAUAAAAUCCCUCAAACCCUUAAAGAGCCAAAUAAAUUAGCCUAUACACCAUGCCUAAUUUCAAUUGGCCCUUUUCAUUAUGGCAAGAAAAAGUUAGAAUCCAUGCAAAAACACAAAUUAAGGUACUUGCAAAAUUUCCUUGCAAGAAACACCAAGAAAACUUUGUUGGACUACUUGAAAUGUAUCAAUCAAUGGGAGGAAGAAUUACGCGAAUAUUAUGUGGAGAACAUUGAGUUGAGUAGCAAGGAAUUCAAUGAAAUGGUUCUGUUAGAUGGGUGUUUCUUGAUUGAGUUCUUCUUAGUUUGGCUUUUUGAUAAAUCAGAUGAAACUGAUGGAAUUUUCAAGAAACCAUCUUUGGAAGUAGCAAUCAUGCGUGAUAUCUUGUUGUUAGAAAAUCAACUCCCAUUUUUUGUCUUGGAUGGUUUGUACAACAUUGCUUUUGGUGAUGACAAUUUGGUGUCAUCGCCGAUACCAACUUUAAUUGAUUUAUGUUGUCUAGUAUUGGUGGGGAGAAGGGAGGUUUCGGAGAAAUUGAAUGAUCAUCAAGUUUUACAUCUUGUUGAUUUAAUGAGGACAUGUUACCUCCCUUCAUUGCUGAGACAUCCAAGUGAUGAUAGUGAUGAACAAGACAAUUUGGAGUUUCCUCCUGGUGUAGAGAGGCUUCAUGAUGCCGGGAUCAAAUUCGAAGUGGCAAAAAAUGAGCAAACAUUACUCAACAUAGAAUUCAACAAAGGUGUCUUAAGUAUUCCGAGAUUAGAGAUGGAAGAUCACACUGAAUCAUUGCUUCUAAAUUUGUCAGCCUUUGAGCAAUGCCAUUACCAUUUCGACUCGUACAUAGUUGAUUAUGUUGUGCUGAUGGAUGUUCUAAUUAGCAGUCUUAAAGAUGUUGAUAUUCUUAUGAGUGGGGGGAUAAUAGAGAAUUCCUUAGGCAACAAAGAAGAGUUAGCAGAAGUUUUCAACACUAUAUGCAGGGGAACAACUUAUCAAGCAAAUAGAUUAUAUUAUUCUCGUCUUUGUAAAGAGUUAAAUGCAUACUACAAUACACCUUGGCAUAGAUGGAGAGCAACCUUAAAACAUGAUUACUUCAGUAAUCCAUGGACUAUUAUUUCAGUCAUUGCUGCUGUUAUGCUACUCAUUCUUACUGUUAUACAGACCUAUUGUACUAUCAUUUCCAUGAAAUAGUACCAUAAUUAUUGUUCCUCA